AUGCCUCCCAACCACUUAUAUGACUACGUCCUUCUCAACGAUGAUGCCUUUCUCUUGUGUUCCACAUUCAUGAUGCCUUCACCACGCGCCGGGAACUAUUUCCCACCCCCGCAUGACCUGCACGACUGGAUUGACGCCCAAGUCUGCGCAAGAAAAGAUGUUGGAUCUUUUCGAGCUGAGAUCAACCAUGGUGGUCAGAGAAUCAAGACGUGCGUGGCUUCAUCUAUGCAAGCGGUCAUGGAAGGAAGGACGCUGACAAGACACAGGUCUGUGAGAAUCUGGAAGACGGUUGAGGAGUGUGUUGCGACAAAAUCACGUCUUCGCGUGGCAGCCAACAUUAUGGCGAAUUGGACCAUGGGAAAUUUCUUGGCGCAGGAAGGCGCCAGUGUUUUCCAAGGAUUGCCAUCACAGGACUAUCUCAUGAAACCAUCACUAUAUCAGACUACGAGAAUUUUCGAGAGGCUCUCCGCAAACCGAGAUCUGCUACCGAAGGAUGCCCUCCCAGCACUAGGCGUCCAAACGCCUGACGGGGUCACACUGGGGUUUUUUGUACUAGUGAGCUACGCGUUGGCUUUGGAUUCGGCGGAAGUCGCGCACACAGGGAGCAUAAAGCCCGCGAUGCACGGCGCAUAA